GUGUUGCGUCCUUAAGAAGUAAUCACCUUAUUUUGACAAAGCACAGAGAAGAAACUUUAAAAAAAAUAUUUUUUCACAUGUACGGAGUAAAAAUAAACAGUCAUCAGAAAAAGCAAUACUCUAUUAAAGUAGACUUCCCAGGACGGCGCUACGUUGCCAUUAAGUCCCAAGAGUGCCGAGAGACGGCAUUAAAAGACGCGUGCAUUCACGAGGAGUUCUCUUCAAACCUGAGCGGUAGAAGACGGACGACAUCAUGAAGACACGUUGCAGGUAAAAAUGAAGACAUGUGAGACACAGACAACGAUUAUACAGUACAGACGCUGUCGAAUAGGUUUUUGUGAGCCGCAAGCAGGUGGGUAUGCAAGCAUGCCCAACGUGAAGGUAUCGCCUUACUUUAACCUCACCAUGUUCGUGAACAUCGGGCCGUACCGCUACCCGGCGUUGGCCACGUGCCUCCUGCUUUACGUCUUCAUCGUGUGCGCCAACUGGGCCGUAGUUCUGACGAUCUGCCGCGAGAAGACACUACACGAGCCCAUGUACAUAUUCGUCGCCAGCCUGUCCUUCAACGCCCUGUACGGCUCCACGGGCUUCUUCCCCCGCUUCCUGCUGGACCUGGCGUCCGACACUCACCCCAUUUCGCGCGUCGCCUGCUUCACGCAGAUCUACUUCAUCUACACGUACGCCUCCAACGAGAUGACCACGCUGUGCGUCAUGGCCUACGACCGCUACCUGGCCGUGUGCCACCCGCUGCGCUACCACACCAGGAUGACGGCGAAAAAGGCCCUGAUCCUGGCCGCCCUGGCGUGGCUCUUACCGGUCUUCUUUGCGACCACGGUCAUCUACUUGUCUGCGACGUUGCCCCUGUGCGGUGACAAGAUCCAGAAGGUGUUCUGCGCCAACUGGAACGUGGUCAAGCUAUCGUGCGUGCCCACCGUGGUCAACAACGUGGUGGGCAUGUUCAUGACCACGACUACGAUUUUCCUCCCUCUGGCCUUCGUGUUUUACACGUACACCCGCAUCAUAAAUGUCAGCUGGAGACGCUCAGUCAAAUUCAAAGGGAGAGUAUUCCAGAGCUGUAUGCUGCACAUGGUCUCCUUUGUCGUUUACUCCAUUGCCAUAUUUUGUGACAUCUCCCUGAGCAGGUUCAACGUGGAGGAGAUGAACUCCUACGUGGCCGUCAUCUUAUCUCUGGAGUUCGUGGUCAUUCCGCCGCUUCUCAACCCCGUUUUGUACGGUCUGAAGCUAACAGACAUACGCAGGCACAUUUUCAAGAUGCUGUGAGGUUGUCAAAGCGACACUAAUGGAUACUCUCGAGACUACUCCUUGUUAGAGCUGCACCUGAUGGAAAAAUUUACUUUACAAUUUUCAUCAAACCUGCAAUAUAUUUUGCAAUGUGAAAUAUUACAGGAUCACUGUUGGGAAAGCUAAUUUUCUCCGCAAACUAGCUCAAAGUUGAAGUAAUUAUUCUAAAACUGAAGUAGUUCAGUUAAUAAUUCAGAAUUCAAAAUUUCAAAUUAAGUUGACUGGUCUAAAAACAAACAAGUUCAUCGUUCAUUUUCCCCCCAAUAUGUUGCUGAUGGACUAUUAAAAUAAAUGAUAACCAAAAUACUGGCAUUUUAUUUCCCUAUUCUUUCCACUCAUUCAGUCCGCACUAGUAGCCAGCUCCAGCUUUCACCAUAAUAUCUCAAAAACAUUUGGAAAACUUGGUGCUUCAAUGGUCUUUUUUAAAAAUGAGGAAUUAAAACAAAAACAAUACUAUUGUCUUGAAUGGACAAACAAGAAUACGCAACACAGUACGACAAAUGCAUCAAUUCUUAUAUUACAAAAUAAAGUUCUUACAGUUUGUGCAUAGUUUAAGGAUGUCUUUGUGAUGCAAAUCAUUUUCCAACCAAUGCAUUUUUAACAAUUAUGUGCUCUGUUACAAAAAUGUCUCUGAACCCAUAUUG